GGCGCUAGCUGGGAAGCUGGGGGUGGGGGGGGGGAACGUGGGGGGCGCCCCCCGCCAAGAUGAAGGGGCUGCCCCGGCUGGCCUGGCCCUGACGCUCCGGGUUGAGCGCUGGUGGAUCGCAGAAGCCCGGUCGUGAUGCAGACAGCACCUGAAGAUCCUUUCAGAAUGCCAGAGGAACGUUCCCCCCGGCUGACCCCACAGAACGUUCCCUACCAGGACCUCCCUCACCUGGUCAACGCUGACGGACAGUACCUCUUCUGCCGGUACUGGAAACCCUCGGGCGCGCCCAGGGCACUGGUGUUCGUGUCCCACGGAGCCGGCGAGCACUGUGGCCGUUACGAGGAGCUGGCGCAGAUGCUGGUGGGGCUGGGCCUGCUGGUCUUCGCCCACGACCACGUCGGCCACGGGCAGAGUGAGGGUGAGAGGAUGGUGGUGUCCGACUUCCACAUCUUUGUCAGGGACGUGCUACAGCAUGUGGACGCCGUGCAGAAGGACCACCCGGGGCUGCCCAUCUUCCUCCUGGGCCACUCCAUGGGUGGCGCGAUCUCCAUCCUCACGGCUGCGGAGAGGCCGGGCCACUUCUCCGGCAUGGUCCUCAUCUCCCCGCUGGUUGUCGCCAAUCCAGACUCGGCGACGCUUUUCAAGGUCUUUGCUGCUAAAGUUCUCAACCUCGUCCUGCCGAACAUGUCCCUGGGCCGGAUCGACUCCAGCGUGCUCUCGAGGAAUAAGACGGAGGUGGACAUCUACAACGCGGACCCCCUGGUCUGCCGGGCAGGGCUCAAAGUCUGCUUUGGCGUCCAGCUGCUCAACGCGGUGUCGCGGGUGGAGCGGGCACUGCCCAAGCUGACGCUGCCUUUCCUGCUGCUGCAGGGCUCCGCCGACCGCCUCUGCGACAGCAGGGGCGCCUACCUGCUCAUGGAGUCGGCCAAGAGCCAGGACAAGACGCUCAAGAUUUACGAAGGUGCCUACCACAUCCUCCACAAAGAGCUUCCCGAGGUGACCAGCUCCGUCUUCCGGGAGAUAAACACGUGGGUCUCGCAAAGGACAGUGGUGGCAGGAAUGGGGUGCCCACCCUGAGCCCCCUGGCUGGCUUUGGGGCCCACGUCGGGAAGCGGGCAGAGGAAGGGCAGGGGCUGGCUUCUCAGACGUGGCUAACACAUGCUCUCUCACACACACACACACACACACACACACACACCCCACAGACUGGAGGAAUCCCUAGCACAACUGACUCAGACAGUCUUGUCAUCAGUCAGGCUGUCCACCGCUGGAUCUGCCUUAAACGGUGGACACUUUAUGCAAAAACUGGAGGUCACGGGCACUUUCCAGAGAACGUGCUGGAAGGCCUGAGGCCACAGGGAGCCCUGCCCCGCCUCUCCCGCCCUGCAGGAUCCCAGGACCACCCCCUCCACCCCAGCAAUAACUGGAGGGCGCCCUCCCACCGCCCUGCCUGUGCCCCGUGGGACGCGGGGUGGCGUCCACUGCCCAGGGCUGACUGGCGUGCCCGCGGGCCCACCCUGACCUGCGUCAGCUCUGUGAGCCCCAGGGGCGGGGGCCUGGGCGUGGGAAGGGGACCCCCAGCCCCGCCCCUCCCGGGCGCGUGGGGCGGCCGCUGCUCCCUGACUGCUCACCCGCCGCUCCGCUCCGAGGGCCGCUGUGCUGGACGUCUGUUCAGACGCGGAGGCUGUGGGCGGGAAGCAGGGGUCUUGACCGCGUGACGCCGCGGAGCUACUUCCGGUGGCCGAAGCCGAUCCCAGGCGGUGCCCCGCCCAAGGCCCCAGCAGAAGGGCGGCCGGGCCCCCCCACAGCAGCCGUUUACUGGUGCCCCGCCCGCCCCCCACCCCCCGCCCUCGGCCCUCCCUGCUCUGGCUGGUAAUCGGGGACCUCGCCGCCCAGGGGGUGCUUUUGCUGUCCGUGUGAGCGUGGUAGGGGCGCUGAGCCUCGGGAAGGGAAGGCGCGGCCCCCGGACAUGGGGCGGGUGGGAUUAGCUCCAGCGGCGGGAGCUGCUGCCCGCUGCACCCCGUUCUUCUGGGGCGGCCCAACGCCUCCAUUCCAGGGCCCCCCACCGCACGCUGAGCCAGAGCAUGCCCCCCAGCAAAGUAGCUGCGUGGGUUCGUGGAGAGGGGACCGGCCGGGUCCCCAUGGAGAGCGGCUUCAUUACCCUGUUUUCCUCUGGAGGACGAAAAACACUUAGAAAAUGCCCGGAGGGCUCCGCCCGCUGUCCUCCUGGGCCGAGGAGCCGCAGAGACGCCAGGCAUCAGCCCACACCCGGCCACCGCCAUGCCUCGUGCGGAAGCAUGGUACCACGGCGGGCACUUCCCAAGCCGAAUGCCGGGCGGGCAUGUGGUCUGACUCGGAGUCUUUCGCCGCGUUGACUUAUUUUCUCUGAAAGCUUUCAGAGAUGCACAUUCAGCCUCCUUCAGCGAUCUGGUCAAAGAAUCACCUGUAUUUGAAAGACGUUCCUCGGAUCUGGGACUGUUUUCCUCACUGGGGUGGGCUGGGCUCCCCCUCCACGGUCAGGGUGUGGGCAGCCAUGUCUGGGCCCCGUCCUGGCAGCGCCCAGCGAGUCCUGCGUUGGGGUCGCCCACCGUGCUGAACCCGGAGCCUGGGCCGUGCCCUCCCGUCCCUCAGCAGUGCAGGGAAACCGGGUGUACACAGGUGGCAAGGCCGCAGGGGCCUGGCCCUGGGCGGGAGGACCACUGAGGCCAGGGAGGGGCGGGUGGACGCGCUGCUCGGACCCGCGGCCGAGCCUGUGUGGACCCGUCAGCCUGUGCUGACCCCCGCGUCCCCUCGGCCCUGGUGCUCGAAUCCCCCCCGCAGGCCCUUGUCCCCCCCUCACCGACUGCUAACACCCGCCCUUAGGACCACAGUGACUUCACGUGGUUUCCUGGUUUGCUGUCACCCCCACGGCUCAGCCACCUCCCUACAUGUCCGCUGUCAGCGGGGCCCCAUGUAUCUGGCAAAGUUAGUGCACCAACGUGCACCACAGCUAACGCUAAUAAACCACAGUUUCUGA